GUCAUUGUCAUACAGCCAGACACCUUCCCAACCUUGCGAGGAGAUGUUGACGUCAUUCCUGUCAUUACUGCAGAGCCAGUUGAGGAGGUCACAGAGAUGGUCCCGCCAGAAACUACUGACUCUGUGACUGAAGAUGCUGACAUCGACGUCACCUCAGAGACCGACGAGACAAUACAGGAGAUAGGAGAGGACGCCACUACCGAAGCUGCCUUUGACGUCAACUCCGAAACAGCAGUUGAAGUCAUUGCUGAGACUAGUGAUGAGGUUAAUAUGGCUGCUGUUGAGGAAUCAUCCGAUGCUACCUCAGAUGACACUGUGGAGAUGGCACUGUUCACAUCUGAACCUAUUGUCACUGUCAUCCAUGAGCCCAUUAAUGAGGUAAUUGGGAAAAUGUAUGAGGAAGUAAUCUCAGAAACCACACACAAUACAGUGGAGGAGGCAGAAGAGGCAGCUGCAGAGGUCCCACCAGAAGCUGCCAUUGUGAUCCCUAUAGAGGUCCCACCAGAAGCUGCCAUUAUGAUCCCUAUAGAGGUCCCAUCAGAGGCUGCCUUUGAGAUCCCUGCAGAGGUCCCAUCAGAGGCUGCCAUUGAGAUCCCUGCAGAGGUCCCUUCAGAAGCUGCCAUUGUGAUCCCUAUAGAGGUCCCAUCAGAAGCUGCCAUUGUGAUCCCUAUAGAGGUCCCAUCAGAGGCUGCCGUUGAGAUCCCUGCAGAGGUCCCAUCAGAGGCUGCCAUUGAGAUCCCUGCAGAGGUCCCUUCAGAAGCUGCCAUUGUGAUCCCUAUAGAGGUCCCAUCAGAAGCUGCCAUUGUGAUCCCUAUAGAGUUCCCAUCAGAGGCUGCCGUUGAGAUCCCUGCAGAGGUCCCAUCAGAGGCUGCCAUUGAGAUCCCUGCAGAGGUCCCUUCAGAAGCUGCCAUUGUGAUCCCUAUAGAGGUCCCAUCAGAAGCUGCCAUUGUGAUCCCUAUAGAGUUCCCAUCAGAGGCUGCCGUUGAGAUCCCUGCAGAGGUCCCAUCAGAGGCUGCCGUUGAGAUCCCUGCAGAGGUCCCAUCAGAGGCUGCCAUUGAGAUCCCUGCAGAGGUCCCUUCAGAAGCUGCCAUCGAUAUGCCUGUUGGGUCCACAGACAAGGAUAUCCCAGAACCUGAAAUAACAUUUAUUCCAGAAACUUCUUUGGAGGCCAUUUCUGAAACCCCCUCUGAAGCGCCUACGGAGGCUGCCACAGAAAUCACUUCAGAUACCAUAGACAAGGAGAUCACAGAGGGUACUACAGAAAUCCCUUCAGAUACCAUAGACAAGGAGAUCACAGAGGGUACUACAGAAAUCACUUCAGAUACCAUAGACAAGGAUAUCACAGAGGGUACUACAGAAAUCACUUCAGACACCAUAGACAAGGAGAUCACAGAGGGUACUACAGAAAUCACUUCAGACACCAUAGACAAGGAGAUCACAGAGGGUACUACAGAAAUCACUUCAGAUACCAUAGACAAGGAGAUCACAGAGGGUGCUAUAGAAAUCACAUCAGAUACAAUAGACAAGGAGAUCACAGAGGGUGCUACAGAAAUCACAUCAGAUACCAUAGACAAGGAGAUCACAGAGGGUGCUAUAGAAAUCAUAUCAGAUACCAUAGACAAGGAGAUCACAGAGGGUGCCACAGAAAUCACUUCAGACACCAUAGAUGAGGAGAUUAAAGAGGCUGCCAUAGAGGUCACUUCAGAUACCACAGAUGAGGAGAUCACAGAAGCUGUGGUAGAAGAAAACGUCACUUUGGAGACCACUUCAGACAUUGCUACCAAGGCAACGUCAGAAGAUACUACAGAUGAGGAUAUUCCAGAGGAUGCAGCAGAAUUAACUCCAGAAGUUUCUCCAGGGGACACUUCAGAGCCUGAAGCUGUCAUGGAGAUCCCUUCAGAGGGUUCAGAUGGAGAUGUUCAGGAGCUCCCUGUGGAGACCACCUCAGAGGCUACAGUAAAUGUUGCCCCAGAAGACACUGAAGAGGAAACCCCUGAGAUUUUAGAGGAAGUUAUCUCAGUUGCCACAACGCAUUUGAUACUCGAGGCUACGGAGGAGAUCACUCCAGAGACUGUACUAGAGGAUACUGUAGCCACUACUACUAAUGAAGUGGUAAUAGAAAUUGGUCCUGAGGAAGAAGUCACUCCAGAAACUUCAGUAAAGGCCAUUCCAGAGGAUGUAACAGAGAUCACUGAAGAAGCAACAAUAAAGGCUGACGUCACUCCUGAGGCUGAAGUAGAGAUGAAGGAAGUUACGAUGGAGGUCACCUCAAAAGCCACUUUGGAGGUCACUCCUGAGGUUGAGGAGAUUACAGACGAAACUCCAGUAGAGGACAAUCCUGAGGUGGAGAUAGAGGUAACUCCAGAGUCUACUGAAGAAGUUCCUGAGGAAGCAGAAGAGGUCCCUUUGGAGACUGCAGUGGAAGACACUCCAGAGGCUGUAGAAGAAAUCCCCCCAGAGACUGUAGAGAUAACUCUGGAAGCUGCUGAAGAAGAUUCAACAGAAACUGUAGAAGAAAUAACACCAGAACCUUCAGAGGAGGAAAUUCCAGAAACUUCAGAGGAGGAAAUUCCAGAAACAUCAGAGGAGGAAAUUCCAGAAACAUCAGAGGAGGAAAUUCCAGAAACAUCAGAGGAGGAAAUUCCAGAACCUUCAGAGGAGGAAACUCCAGAGGCUUCAGAGGAGGAAAUUCCAGAACCUUCAGAGGAGGAAACUCCAGAACCUUCAGAGGAGGAAAUUCCAGAAACUUCAGAGGAGGAAAUUCCAGAAACAUCAGAGGAGGAAAUUCCAGAAACAUCAGAGGAGGAAAUUCCAGAACCUUCAGAGGAGGAAACUCCAGAGGCUUCAGAAGAGGUCCCAUCUGAGGCAGUAGACGAGAUCAUUCCAGAAGCUACAGAAGAGGCUUCCAAAAAGACAAUUACUGAAACUACAGAAGAGGCUUCCGAAGAGAUCAUUCUAGAGCCUUCAGAAGCUGCAACGGAGAUAACCACAGAGGCUGCAGGUGAGUCCACUCCAGAGGCGACACAGGAGGCUGCUGUGGAGAUUACUCAUGAGGUUACCACUGAAACUGGAAUUUUGACAGACACAGAGGAGAACAAUAAUGGCGAUCGUUAUAAGGAUGCAGAGGAGAACAAUAACGGUGAUCGUUAUAGGGUCACCGAAGAAACAAAUGAUGACUUCCUAGGGAUCCAAGAUAUCAUAACAGAGGUGGAAAACACGCUGGGCAAUGAGGUCGAGGACAUCAUGACGAGGCCGUCCACACCCAUGAAGGAGCAGGUGGUAGAACUCAGCAUCCAGCUGAAGGGAGAGAACUACAACGACGCCCUGAGAGACCCCUCUAGCUUCUACUACCAACGCGUGGCCAAACAUUUCACCCAUAAGAUUGAAGAUGCAUUUGAAAGGUUACCAGGAUUCAAGAAGGUCUUUGUAGUUGAAUUCAGGCCUCAGAAGGACCUCCAAAGGGGUAUCUUGUCUGUGGUAGUCCACUACGCAGUGACUCUGGAAGUGGACGGGGCAGGCAUCAGUAACGAGACCAUGGACUACAUCAACCUCCAGUCCAACGUGGUGGAGAAGUCUUACCGUGACGCCGUUGAACGCCCCACUGUGGUCUACACCAUAACAGACUUCCGAAACUACAUCACUGAAGCCCUGCACAAGGAGAACUUCAUGAGCAACACCACUCUGGAUGUAGACCCUGACUCACUGCAGCUAGAGCGAGUUGAUAACUUGUUUCUGGGAGGGAGACCCACCACCAAACCAGAAGAGUCCAAUGACAUGAUGGACAAUGUUCUGGCUGCUGAGAAACCACCAGAUGCUCCUGGCCAAGACUUGGAUGUCAGCGACAUCUUCCUGAAGAAGGAUGAUUUCCUGUUUCCUGUGGACCCUUUGAAAGGCUCCGGGAGCGUUGUGGCCAGUGAAAAUGAUGUGUUCGUUCUGGAUGAAACCACCUUGCCACCCAGCACCACUGCUGUCCCUGCAGAGAAUAAUGGAAAUAUUGAAGAAGAGGGAUUUCUUCUCAGCAACACUCAGCAAGACUCUGAUACUCCCGAUGGGGAUGGUGUGGUCGGUGCUGGAGGCUCCUCUACCUCCUCCCCUUCACAACCACAGACCACAGAGGCCCCGGUCCCGGCACCUCCCAGAGUAGACCCAGAUUUGGAUGCUGGCUCUGGCUCCGGCUUCUCUGGGGAUGACCAAGGGGCUGACGUCUUCCCAUGGUUUCCCGUGACAACUGAGGAGACAGACUACAUAGAGGAGGAUGAGGAGGAUUCUGUGGUGGGGGAGGUGCAUUUUCCAGAUCCAGAAGUGGAACCAAAGGAGGAAGAGAAGAAGGAUGAGGAGAAGGGGGAAGAGAUCACCGAAUCUGUCCUGACUGAAACUCCAGAGGAUAUGGGUCUUUUUGAGUCCCAUCCAGAAUCUGCCCCAGUUGAGGAAGAGCCACAACAGCCUUUCUUGGACAGGCUGCCUGUGACCCAAGACAUUAGUACCCGACCUGACUACACGACCACCGCUGAAGUCCCUGUGUUCUGGACUGCAGAGACCCUGACCGUGGAGCUCUCCAUACAAACGCUGGAGGCCUCUGGGAUUUAUGACGAUUAUUACCCAAGCGAACCAUUCACCAUCAUAGCACCAGUCACUGAUUAUCCCAAUCCUCAGUUUUACACCACUGAGGCCCUGGUGUUGGAAGGGCCAGCAGCUGAGACCCAUGGUUCUGUUGAGGAGCUGUCGGAGCCAACUAGUCCAAUAGAGGUUGAACUCCCCACAGUUACUGAGUCACCUACCUUCAUAGACAUGGAGCUGUUCACAGUCAAGGAGUCCAUCUUCGAUAUGAUCACCUCCGAACCACCAGAGAUCGAAGCCUUCACCGACAGACCUUUACUCUUGGUGCCCGAUCCUGAGGAUGAAGAUGGAGAGGUGGAGAUCUUGGAGGAACAGGGGGCGGAGGUCGCAGGGCCCUUGGCCACAGUACUCCCAGCCCUUGACAUCUCAGAGGAGGACCUAGCUGAAGAUCAAAUCUUUGUUGUGGCUGCAGGUACAGCAGCCCCGGAAGUCAUAGAGUCUCAUAGCAUCUUAUCCCCCGAGAAGGAAUCCCCCUUCUCUCGUAUAUCUGACUCUGUACCAGAAGAGGAGGAAGCCACACACCAUUCAGCCACCACAGAAAUAGCACCACAUGGUGACAUUGAAAUCUCUGAGACACCUGAAAUUGCCCCAACAAUCCUACCGCCAUUCUUCCAGCCCACAUUCAGACCCACAGAAAACCUGCUUGGGGCAGCAGAAGAGUCAGAUGUUAGCAUUGAAGAAGGAGAUGUUAGCAUGGUGCUAGCAACCCCUUCCCCAGCUCACGACACAUACGAACUAGAAGUCGGCACUUCAAUCCAAGCGGUUGGAGACUACGCACCAGACUCCCCCAUGUCGGAAAUUGACCUCACCUUCAACGUGUAUGACGGAACGAGUCACAUAGACGGGGACAGCAGCGGGUACUCCAGCAUCGCCCACGGAUCAGACGUGGGCAGCAUCGUCAUGGCGAAGAGCCCUGGCAAGGAUCUGAUGGUGUUCUUCAGCCUGAGGGUGACCAACAUGAUGUUCUCUGAGGAUCUCUUCAACAAGAGUUCCACAGAGUACAAAGCCCUGGAGCAGAGGUUCCUCGAACUGCUCGUCCCUUACCUGCAGUCCAACCUCAGCAACUUCCAGAACCUGGAGAUCCUGAAUUUCCGUAACGGCAGCAUUGUGGUGAACAGCAGGAUGAAGUUCGGGAAGCCCGUCUCUCGGGGGGUCACCAACACUGUCUACCUUAUCUUAGAGGACUUCGCUAACUCAGCCUUCCAAACCAUGAACCUCGCCAUAGACAAAUACUCACUGGAUGUGGAAUCAGGCAACCAGGCAAACCCCUGCAAGUUCCAAGCGUGUAAUGAGUAUUCGAUGUGCACGGUGAACCGCUGGUCCGGGGAGGCGGAGUGUGUGUGUGACGCGGGUUACUUCAGCGUGGAUGGACUGCCGUGCCAGAGUAUCUGUGACCUGCAGGAGGACUUCUGUCUCAACGAUGGGAAGUGUGAUGUCAUCCCUGGCAAGGGAGCCAUCUGCAGAUGUCGUGUUGGAGAGAAUUGGUGGUACCGCGGUGAACACUGUGAGGAGUAUGUGUCAGAACCUCUGGUGGUGGGCAUCGCCAUAGCGUCGGUGGCUGGAUUCCUAUUGGUGGCCUCUGGAGCAAUCUUCUUCCUGGCCAGGACUCUGAGGGACGGUUAUGAAAAGGAGGAUUCAGAGGAUCCUCUACGAGAUCGGGACAGUGUGCCAUCCUUAGAGAGAGCCACCAAGUUCAACCCCAUGUAUGAGAGUGAUGUGGCCACGGCAGAGUACUGCAGACGGUACGAAGACGACGUGCCGCACCACAGUACGGGCAGCGCAGACCCCUCUGUGGACUUCUGCAGUGACGAGAUACUCCAAAUCUACGACAACUCCGAGCUCACCAGAGAGCAAAUUCAGGACCGCCUAAGGAUAAUUGAGUUGUGUGCCAAAGACCGUCAGUUUGCAGACUUUGUACGGCAGCAUCAAGUAGCGCUGGACAGAAGAGCGAGCUCUGAAACAUAGGAAUGCUGGAGAGCCAGCUGAUCACUGUGAACCUCAAGAAACAUGCCUUUGUCUUUGACUUGAGAAAGAGGAAAGUGUCUUCUGUUGCCAUAGUGCUUCUGAUGGACUCUGCAGGAUGACCAGAUGAAGAGGAUGUAUAUUUAAAAGAACAUCUUCUCUAUGAGGCGUGAUGUGUUGUGCUGUUGCAACGUGUCACUGACUCUGUUUCUAUGACCUGAUCUUUUUCUAAAGGGGGAGUGCACUGUAAAUACUUUUAUUUUUGAUGUUUCAGUUUUUUCUUCGGUUAUCACAGCCAUCACCUUAUCCUAUGAGCUAGCUUCCUGCUCAGCUAGCCAUCUAACAUCUAGAUACAGUUACUGUCAAAAAGGUUUGCUGCAUUGCACCUCUUACUUGCACAAAUCUGUGAACAAACAACAAACAGACUUCAAUUGUUUUGUCCUUAGUUAGUUUGGACGUGUGGGUCCCUUCCUGCUCUGUUCUCCCUAAUCAUGGUCUUCUUCAGUGCCUUCACUUGGUUUCAGUUAGCAUUGUGGGGUGUUGUGUCCUGAAACGUAAAGCGGCUGCUGGCAGGACCCUUGAAGUUCACUGGAUGUCACUGGAAGGCUACUGUCCUGCAUGGAAACUAACUACUGGUUUAAUCUAUUUUGUUUCCACAUAAUUUCAACCCCCAAAUUAAAUGUGAUGAAAUGGAACUGUUUGGAGUAGAAAAGACAAAUCAACGUAAGAGAAUUUAGAUUUUUUUCACCUAACUUUUAACCUAAAUCCAAUGACUUGGUGACAUUUUUUGUUGAUUCCACAUUGAAUUCACGUUAGUUGACAACUCAACCAAAUGUAAAUCAAAACUAUAUGUAGAACUGACAUCUGUGCCCAGUGGGUACUGACUGGAUGGCACAGGCUAACGCUAUAUAGCAUCCACUGAAAUGAUCAAAUAUCCUGGUUGCUGUACUUACUUGAACAUGAUUUUGGCAAAAAGUUGUAGAUAAUCAAUUGUGUAGACAUAAAUUCAUUGUGUAUUUAACUGUUGGAAUGAAUAUAGAUUGAUAUACUGGAAUUGUGAUUGUUAGUAACCCCUUUUGGUCAUAGCCAAUAGCCCAUGAAAACAUGUUUCUCUGAGUUUUCUCAUUUCUCAAAUCUGACAUCUGCUGCUUUGGGUUAGUCCACGUAUCCAUGACGAUCCCAAGCAACCAUGACGAUCCCAAGCCUUUGUAUAUAUCAGGAGUCGACUGUAUUCAUCCACAUGUUUUGAUGAACCAAAUGUCCUCGACCCAUUGAAAAAGGGGUGACAUGUGUACGUUGUCUCUGUUGAUGUGUUUUCUAUGUUUUCUCAUAGUUCAGAGACUAACAAGACAAUGGGGUUAUGAUCUGUGUUGUGUAUGUUAGACUUACUGGUUGAAAGCCAACAGGCACUUUUUGUAAUAAAAUGUCAAUAUUUUUUUACAAUAUUAUAAUCCAUAUGUCAUUUUAUCAAGCAAAUCUAUAUUUAUCAAGCCUUGAUAUCAUUGUACACUGAGUAUACCAAACAUUAGGAACACCUUCCAAAUAUUGAGUUGCUGUACAGUAUUGGUUUGUUCUGGAAUGAAAGUAAAGUGGCCAACGUCAAUAAUAUUCCUUUGCUUUUGCUCUGUAUAUUUGAGGUGCAAACAUUCUUGGUACACAGGUCGCUCCAUGCUGAAUGAAGUUGACAUUUAGGUAAUCUUUGAGAUUGGCAGUCUGCCUGCGUUGGACACAGCCAGUAGCUCACUUAAAUACAGAGUGACAAGUAACCUUACCACAGAGUUAAGGUCAUACUUAAGAAAGACAUUUACUCAGUGUAGAGGCUUACAAUGAUUUAAAGUAACAAUGACUGACAGUGAUUAAAGUCCAACGUUGUUGGUGUUCUUGGACAAAACAUUUCCACACCCUUGCAUGGAACACCCAUAUCCCCUCUGAGAUGUUUCAGUGGUUUUACUCCACCCUCUGGAAACAAGGAUAACCCUCUGAU